AUGGUCGCAGAAACUCUCCCCCGUCUGGUGAAGCGCAGCAUUGAAGCUUUUCCUGAUAACGAAGCCAUCGAUGGAACGACAUAUCGACAACUUGACACCCUGAUCAGCCGCUACGUCUCGGGUUUGAAAGAUGCUGGCGUCCAAAAGGGUGAUUUUAUCAUACCUCUCUUUGGCAAAAAGUCUGUUGAAGGUGCAGCGCUCGCCUUGGCUGUUCUCCGCUUAGGAGGAAUACAUGUUCCCCUCGACCCUUCAUCACCUGUGCAGCGUCUGCAUAAACAAGCUACAAGCCUUGGUCGAACUCCCAAAAUUAUCGUAUCUGGAACUACCGAAGACGAUGCAAAGAGUGCUGAUGCACUGGCCAAGGCCUUGGGAACUACAGCUUGCUCGUCGCUAUGGCUGAAGUCGACUGGAAUCGACGCCACGACAGAUGAGAGUUCACCUGAAGACCUGGCACUUGUCUUUUUCACCAGCGGGUCGACUGGUCCUCCCAAAGCAACUCCAUACAAACAUAAGCAACUCUCUACGUCGCUGAUGGCAUGCACAUCGGCUCUCGGAUUCUCAGACAAAGAAAGGGUUUGCAAUGUGAUUCCGUGGAUCUGGGACGGCGGUAACCUCGAUCUGUUCGGUCCGCUUCUUCAUGGUGGCGCUAUACCAAUGGACGCUCUUGCCAGACUGCGAAUUCUCGUCUGUGCCGGCGAAUCACCCCGACCAAGCCAGUUCCCACGGUGGGUUGCGCAAUGUCCGAACACACGCAUUGUUAACGCAUAUGGCUUGACCGAGACUGGCAUUCUCAACAUGUUGUUCGAUGUCAGGUCUCCCAUUGAGGACUUGGUGAUCCCUCCGAUUGGCAAACCAUUCGGGGAGAAUCUCGCCAUGAUCGAUCCGGAGACUUCAGAGAUUGUGCUUUCCGGGCCCCAGAUCACAGAAAGUUACAUGGGUCCGAGCUCGUCGCCUGAGUUUCUUCCACCGCCGAAUAUGUUAUCGAAAGAAUACUAUGCCAUGAGGACAGGAGAUGUCGCAAAGGUAGACGAAUACGGCCUAUAUCACUUCGAAGGCCGGACCGACAAUCGCUUGUCUAUAUUCUCGCUUCGCAUUGAGCCAGCCGAUACUGAGGAUGCUGCAUUUGGUGUCCCGGACAUCGACUUUGCACAUCUAUUCGUGCAUGAAUUCGCGGAAGGAGAAACGCCAGCCCUAGUAUUGGCUUACCAUGCCUCAUCGAUGCAGUUCAAGGGCGAAUUACUGAGCAAAGAAGAAUACCAACAAGCAACGGAUCGAUAUGAGCAGGAUUUGAGGCAGCGAUUGGCGAAUGAGCUGCCGGAGUAUCAGCAACCUUCGGCCUACUUCCCUCUCGGUGUCGUCCCUCGACUCAUUUCGGGCAAGAAAGAUGGUAAGAAGAUCGCUUCGCUUGCAACAGACGCUCACGAGCAGAAGCUGCUGGAAUUUGCUCCAUUCCAUAUCGAGCUAUGA